UCGAAAGUAAUCUCAAGGGACCGCGGUGUACGGGCAAGAACAUUUCGGACGUUUUGUGAAGGCCAAGGCUACCUCCUCUGUCAGUGGUUCCCUGGUCUCUAUCAACAUGUCUGCUAUUGUUGGAGCAGAAAUGGAUCCACAGAUCAGCUGAUUGGUCCACAUAGCUGCUUAAAGAUGGAUUUCCCUCAAGAGGUUGAGGAUGCUGUUGGUGGAAAUCAGACAGGCAAGGCAGCAUGUGCCGUGUCCAGCCACGUGUCCAUGAAGAAUGAAGAGCCCGUCACUGAUGGGCAUCACGGGGUCAGCACAGGAAAAGUACGGUCUCAUCCAAAACCACAGAAACACAGACCAGUGUCUCCAGUGCCCAGCUGUGUGUCCAUGAAGAGUGACUGGUCCAUGGGGGAACCUCACAAUUUCAGUAGUGGACCACCACAGUCUGACUUAAAACCACAGACACACAGACCAGUGUCUCCAGUGCCCAGCUGUGUGUCCAUGAAGAGUGACUGGUCCAUGGGGGAGCCUCACAAUUUCAGUAGUGGACCAUCGCAGCCUGAUCCAAAACCACAGACACACAGACCAGUGUCUCCAGUGCCCAGCUGUGUGUCCAUGAAGAGUGACUGGUCGAUGGGGGAACCUCACAAUUUCAGUAGUGGACCACCACAAUCUGACUCAAAACCACAGACAAACAGACCAGUGUCUCCAGUGCCCAGCUGUGUGUCCUUGAUGAGUGACUGGUCCAUGGGGGAACCUCACAAUUUCAGUAGUGGACCACGACAGUCUGAUUCAAAGAACAUCCUGACCCAGGAUCAGUCCAUGUGUGGGGUGUGUGAGCAGCUACUGAGGGACCCAGUCACCACCAGCUGUGGACACAGUUUCUGCAGGCAGUGCAUCAGCAGCUACUGGAGCCAGUCUGGUGCAUCAGGAGACUACAGCUGCCCCCAGUGCGGAAAGAGACCCAUAACACAACCUAUUACAAAGCCUGAGCAUGUUCCAGUUAAAAAGGCCAAACUAGCAGAUGACGAUGUCCUGACCAGAGUAUUGAUGACCCAUAAAGCCAGCAUGAAGAGGAGGUUUGAGAGCAUAUGUGAAGGCAUCAUAAGGUCAGGGACUCAAACACUCCUGAACAAGAUCUACACAGAGCUCUACAUCACAGAGGGAGAGAGUGAAGGGGUGAAUAAUGAGCAUGAGGUUUGGCAGGUCGAGUCAGCAUCCAGGCCACAAACGACAGAAGACACAUCAAUCAACUGCAAUGACAUCUUCAAGCCCUUACCUGGACAAAAAAGACACAUCAAAACUGUGAUGACCAAGGGGAUUGCUGGCAUUGGAAAAACCGUCUCAGUGCAGAAGUUCAUCCUUGACUGGGCAGAGGGGAAAGCUAACCAGGAUGUAGAUUUCAUGUGUGUGCUUCCGUUCCGUGAGCUGAAUUUGGUUAAACAUGAUCAGUACAGUCUUCACAGGCUCCUGCUUGACUUCCACCCUGAGCUUAGAGAGCUUCAAGAUGGCGAAUACAAAGACUGCCACAUUGUGUUCAUCUUUGAUGGUCUAGAUGAGAGUAGACUUCCACUGAAUUUCCAAGAAAACCAGAAGUUGUCUGAUGUGACACAAACAUCAUCAGUAGAUGUGCUGAUGACGAGUCUCAUUCAGGGAACUCUGCUUCCCUCUGCUCUCCUCUGGAUAACCUCCCGACCAGCAGCAGCCAGUCAGAUCCCUUCUCAGUGCAUCAGUCUGGUGACGGAAGUACGAGGGUUCAAUGACCCACAGAAGGAAGAGUACUUCAGGAAGAGGAUCAGUGACCAGAAUCAAGCCAACAGAAUCGUCUCACACAUUAAGGAAUCCAGAAGUCUCCACAUCAUGUGCCACAUGCCAGUCUUCUGUUGGAUCUCAGCCACUGUUCUUCAGCAGAUACUGGAACAGGAUGACGGGAAGGAAGCCCCCAAAACUCUGACUGAGAUGUUCAUACACUUUCUGCUCAUCCAGACCACCAGGAAGAGCCAGAAGUAUCAACAGGAAAGUGAGACAAAUAGACAGAGGCUCCUGGAGUCACACCAGGGUGUCAUAUUGAAACUGGCAGAGCUGGCUUUCAGGCAUCUGGAAAAUGGCAAUCUCAUGUUCUAUGAGGAAGACCUGAGAGAGUGUGGUAUUGAUGCCAGUGAAGCUUCAGUGUACUCUGGCAUGUGCACUGAGAUCUUCAGGGAAGAGUGUGUGUUUUUCCACAAGAAGGUCUACUGCUUUGUCCAUCUGAGCAUCCAGGAGUUUCUUGCUGCACUUCAUUUGUUUGCCUCCUACUUGAGUAAGAACAUGGAGGUCCUGAAACCAUUUCUUAAAAGAAAGUCCAUGUCUUUGGCAGAUUGGCCUCUAGAUGAGCUGCUGAAGAAUGCAGUGAACAAAGCUUUGGAAAGCAAGAAUGGACACCUUGAUUUGUUUGUCCGCUUCCUUCAUGGCAUUUCUCUGGUGUCAAAUCAGAGACUUUUGCUUGGCCUCCUGACAGACACACACAGCAACCCAGAGAGUGUGAAGAAAACAAUCAAGAACCUGAAGAUAAUGCAGAGACCAAAUAUCUCCCCCGAGAGGUGCAUCAAUCUGUUCCACUGCCUGGUGGAAAUGCAUGACUCUUCUGUUCAUGAUGAAAUCCAGGCUUUCCUGAAGGCAGAGAAAGGUGCCGUGAAACAGCUCACACUAGCUCACUGCUCAGCCUUGGCUCAUGUGCUUCUGAUGUCUGAUGAGGUGCUGGAUGAGUUUGACCUGAGCAAAUACAAAACCUCUCCAGAAGGUCGCAGGAGACUGGUUCCAGUCGUGAGAUGCUGCAAAAAGGCUCUGUGA